AUGAAGGACCGCAUUCUUGCUCUCAGACAGCAACACUCCUCCCAGGUGUCGCCUCCAAGACGCAUCCUCCCUUUCCUGUACCUCCUCCCCCUUCUUGGUCAUUCGUUUCCCUUCCCCUCCUCCACGCUUUUUGCCCUUGUUCUCAUCUCCCUCCUUUCCCUGCACCAACAUUAUGUGAAACCUCUUCACCUCCCCUCUCCUCCUCUUCCCCUCCAUUCUCCCCCUCUUCCCCCUCCCCACCCCUCUCCUCACCUCCCCCCAGUUCACCACCAACUCCUUGAUCCGCACCAACGCCAUGAAUACACCAACGUCUCAUUAAUCCGCACCAACGCCAUGAAGUGCCUCCCCAACUACUUCCACACGGCACAGGUGGGAGCUGCUGCUACUGGGGACGGGGCAGUGCAUGCAAGCAGUACCUCGACUCAAAAGGUGACUUCUGACUUUAGAUUCGACUCAAAAGUCACCUCAGGGGAGUCGAGGCACUUGGAGAGGGCGUGUGGCAUGAAGCUCGAAGUGCUCUCCACUGUGCUGGUAUGCCCGUUCACCCUUUUCUUCUCACCCUUUCCUUCUCACCCUUUCCUUCUCACUCUUUCCUUCUCACCCUUUCCUUCUCACCCUUUCCUUCUCACUCUUUCCUUCUCACCCUUUCCUUCUCACCCUUUCCUUCUCACUCUUUCCUUCUCACCCUUUCCUUCUCACCCUUUCCUUCUCACCCUUUCCUUCUCACCCUUUCCUUCUCACCCUUUCCUUCUCACCCUUUCCUUCUCACCCUUGCCUUCCCACCCUUGCCUUCUCACCCUUGCCUUCUCACCCUUGCCUUUUCCUCAACCACCAACGGCAUGCUGUGAUUAG